AUGGCGUCUCUGAACAAUAUAUACAGCAAGUGUAGGGAGCACAUCGCACGCAAGUUUACCAUUUCGAACAAGAGGAAAAUCUACAUUAUUAACAACAGCCUGUUUUUGUCUUUUAUUCUCUUCUACAUUUCUUACUUCUUUUUCAUCAAUGGAAUUAUUAACCCGGCCGUUAAGAUCGUUUUUCACGGAAACAUCAUCGCAGACACAACGCAAGUAUACGAGAAUUCCAUCCUGGAGUCAAUAUGGCUGCUAUUCACGAGCAAGAGUUACUUCAACAUGGGCAUGCUUUUGUUCUUUUCGAUAAUCAUCCCCAUUUUGAAGUUUAUAAUGGUGAGCGACAAUUUUUACUGUUUCUUCAAGUUGUAUAAUCUUAGUCUGCAGCAUGAAGAGGAAGAAAAAGAAGAGGAGGAAGAUGAUAUUUUUUUUAUUAACACAGUGAACGAAAAUGAGCAAUUCAUUUUGAAAAAAUUCAGCAUCCUCAGUUCCAUUUCUAGGUUCCAGUUUGUGGAUGUGUUGAUUUCGCUCUUCAUUGUAUCCUCCUUAAAUCUGUACCUGCUGGAGGCGAAGAUUUUAAGUGGCGCAUACCAUUUUUUAAACUACUGUCUACUGUCCACCAUUUCAUCUUUCUUCCUGCUCACGCUAACAUCACUUAAAAUUAGAAUAUUUAAAAGGAGUAACAUAAAAAUAUAUGCCUUGCCUACGGAGAGGUGUCUAAGUGUCAGGAACAGUCUCCAGGAGGAUGCACGAGAUAACAGGAUGUUGGACUGCGUGAAGGGUGAGGGGGUAGAGUUCCAUGGGAAGUUGAAGAACGGAAAAAACGACUCACCCGUUGUCGAAGUGAAUAAAAUUGAUUUGAAACGUGGGGGAGGAAAAAACCUCGAUGAAGGAGAGGAGGAUGAUGAUGAUAAUAAUAAUAAUAAUAAUAAUUAUAAUAAUAAUAAUAAUAAUGGGGGAAACAAUCCAGAGCAACUUGAUUCCAUUUUGCGAAAGGGAGUGGAAUGGAUGGGUCUUGCAAAGAAAAACCGGAAAGGUGGGAAAAAGAAAGUUUUCCAUGAGGAGGGAUCCAUGCAAGGGGAUUAUACAUCAGGAACGACAGGAAUAAUUACCCAUCGAGGAGUGUACCAUCUUGAUCCUUCCAUUCCGAGGGUCAACCAAAGAGGGAUACAUUCACGUGAAAUUCACUUUAGUGGAGCAAUGCAGCGAGGGAGUGGCAGUUGGAAAGGAGAAACAGAACUGAUAACAUAUGAUCAUGAGGAUCUUAAUAAUAGUGUAAAUGAAAGAGGAAGACACAGUAAAAAAAAAGUAAAUCUAGAAUCAACACAAUUGCAACCACACGAAAGGUACGAGAAGCAACUCCUAUGUUAUAACAAGCUCCAAACUUUGAACAAUAUAAAUUACCAAUACAAGGUGAUGAAAAAUAAUGACGCAUACAUAUAUUUAAAAAAAAAAAAGUUUAACUCUUUAUUGAAGAUGAAUUUCCAUCAAUGUAGAUUAAACAAGAUCAAGAUAUGGUAUGCGUGUUUUCUAUUUCUCUUCCUAUGUCUCUGUGUGUACUUAAUAACAGCGGUGGAAUGCAGCAUGGUGGGUAUAUAUAUCUACCUGAGUUAUUUCAACUUCAACGUGGAGGGAAUCUUAAUCGAUUUCAUAGACAUGCUCAACAUUCUAAAGUUGAAGAUAAACAGAAGUUACAUUUAUCCUUUCUUCGUUAUGUUACCAUUUAUAUUCCCUGUCAUAAUUGGAAUAUCCUUUUUUUUAAGUGUGUUAUUUAUGAAUCUAUAUUAUGUUAAUUUUUCGCGUGGGUAUAAGAAGAUGUGUGCAAUGAAUGACGAGUUGGUAUUCAGUCCAGAGGUAGAGGAAAAUCAGAAGAUGAUGGUAUCAGAACGUUACAACUAUUUAUAUAUAAAGAAGGAGAUUGAAAAGAAUGAUCGUCUCUCAAACACUUCGGAUGAUCUGACAUCUCCAAAUAAUAGUACCGUUUCGAGUAGCAAGAGUGAAGAUAUAAAUACCAGUUUUAUUUUCAGUAGGAUGUUAAACUUUUAUUUUUCCCUGUCCGUCUUUUUCACCUCCAUUUGUUCAUUCUGUAUGCAUAUAUCACUUGGAGAAAUUAUUUCCAUUUCUUUGUUGACGUUUUAUCAGAUAGUAAAGCAUACGCAUAAUUUAAACAUAUUGGUUUUAUACAAGAGUAGCACAGUAAAGUUUUGCAAAUUUUUCUUGUUCGUUGUGUAUGGUCUCUUGUGCCUUUCAAUCAACCUGUAUGUGAGUCAAUGGGAGUUAUACGUGAAGAAGCUAAAGAAGACGAAGAAGAGAAUCGCUCUUUUUCAGAAUAACCGAUACAGCGAAAUUGUGGAUCUAAACAUUCAGAAGCACGAGCAUUGGCAUGUGCCCAUUUACUCCUACUUCUUUCAAUUUCUGCUGAAGAAGGAGCACUUUUUCUCACCGUCGAUAAAGCACAACCAAAUUACGAAGGAGCAUACGGACACUGUGCAAACCAUGAUGAUGUACCGCGUGUAUGAGAAUGACACAAGUCUGGGGUAUCAGAAUACGCGUGUUGACAACGACGAGAUGGUUGAGUUUAACCUGGUUUCUGAGAGGGACUCGCAGAUGAGCGCCGAGGAGGGGCAAGCGCAGCCCGCAGAGACCAUCGCACCGACCAUCGCGGGAAACACGGAAAUGCCAACGGGCGUGCCGAGGGAAGUUGGAACGGAUGCACCAGAAGAAGUGCCUACAGGGGAGAGAAGCGUCGACCAAGAUGAGUGCUUUGUGAACAGCGGUACAACGCAUACAGGGCGAAAUGCACCCAAUGAUGGUUUAGGAGAUGGUGAAAAACAACGUUCCUCUUCAGCAGAGGUGGAGAAGCAGGAGGAAGGUGACUCCCCUAGAGGAGGAGCUGUUGUGGUGGCAUCUGAAAGCUCAACCCCCUCAGGAAAAGGAGAAAACGGAAACGAGGAAGGAGUGAUUACCUCUGGAGGUGAAAACCAAGUUGAAGAAACAGAAUCCGGGGAUAUCUCAAAAAAAGGAAUAAGUUUUAAAAAUGACCCCAAGGGAUACUUGAAAAAUUUUAUGCCCAUAAAAUCUAUUUUGCUAUUCCAUCUGGAGAAGAGGAGAAAGAAGAAGAGCAAGGGAGGUGGUGAUGGAGGAGGAAAAGGUUUUGGCGCUUUUAUUGAAAGACUUCUGAGGAAAGUACUAGGGGUGGGAAGUUCAGAAAAAAUAUCACGAAUGUAUAUCCUCCUUCAUGGAUUUCUUUUUCUAUUAAUCUUUAUCACUACCUUUAUGGUGUUCUUUAAAAGGGAGGAUGUAUUCCGGUUCGACAUGAAUGCAGUGAAUAGAAGGCUCAAUAGCUUCUUUAAGUCAGCCCAUUUUCAUUCCCUCAUUCCGAACAGUAUUGGGAAGUGUAAAACGAAGAAGUACUUGGCAAAGGAGCCUUGUUACAAUAUUGGCCAUAUUUAUCACGAGGAGAAAACCUUCUACCAUGCCACUUUACUCUUUUUGCAAGGAAUCAGUUCUAUUAAGAUAGCCAAUAUCCAUUUUUAUUAUGAAAAAGGAAAGUACAACUUAAUCCUGGAUGGUUAUUUCAAGCAUAUUAUAGGUCCACUUUUUUUAAAGCUGUGCAUAGGAACGAACUUUUGUCCAAUCAGUACUUAUGCCUUCCUCAUUGGCAGCAAACCCACUUUUUCUAUCACCAUGUCUGCUCACUGUAAUGAUAAAACACCUCCCAACUAUAUCAGCGAUAUUGUAGUGAAGGACUUGAAAAUAACAAAAAUUGAAGUUAUCAAACACAACGACAUUAUUGAGAAUGUAGAUAUACAACUGGACGAUAUACAGGAGCGUGUGCAGGAGAAGGUAAACAGCAUGCUCGCUGAACGUAAGCGCUUUAUCCUGUGGAAGAGGCAUAAGUACAACUUGGAGGGAUUUAUAAACUACUUGAUUUCGAAAAACGCCCUGGCCGGCUUUUCUUGCAAGCCAAUGAAUUAUCAAGAUUUGUGA